GAAACACGUGUUUGGCCAACAUUUGUUCCACGGUUGAGAACACCUCCAAGACGCCACAGGAGGAAGAAAAAACAAGAUGGCGUUUGACGGAGAAGACGUUUUUAUAGUUUAUUGAGCUUAAUUACAACGUACAUGUACACAUGUAGGUCGUUUAAUAGAGUAAACAUCGUUAAUAAUUGUUUGUGUCCGGAUACAUUAGUCUGAGUGCACUUUGACGUGCUAGCCUAGCCUGCUGGUUAGCUUAGCUUGUUAGCUGCUAACAAAGAGACGCGGAAGUUAUCGACACAGCAAAGCAGAGAUCCAAUACGUCAGUGAAGAACAUCUUCUCCCUGAGCAACAGGAGUGGCGCUUCAGGAUGGAUAAGGAGGAGCCACAGCCCUCCCACAUUGAGGAAGAAAAGGCGCCACAGACACAGCACAUUAAAAAGGAAGAGGAGUACCCACUGACCUUGUAUUUUAAAGACGAAAUGGAGGCAGAAGAGACCCCGCACAAUAAAAAGGAAAAUGACCCACUGACCUCCCACUUUAAAGAGGAAGAGGAUGAGCCACAGUCCCCCCACAUUAAGGAGGAAGAGGAGGAACACAGCAUCAGUCAGGAGGGAGAGCAUCUUGAAUGGUUGGAGGAGUUCCCAGUGAUUGGUGUGAUUGUGAAGAGUGAAGAUGAUGAGGUCAAAGGUGAAUGUGAGGAGAAGAGAGAGGCGGAGCCUCCAAGCAGCAGCUCAACUCAACACAUGACAACAGAAGCUGAUGGAGACCACUGUGGAGGAUCACAAGCAGACAAGAUCUUAGCUCCACUAUCAGAUAGUGACGACACAACGUCUCACUCUCCUGACACUGAUGAUGAAGACUCUAAAGAUGAUAAAACAUGUCACACUGACAACACACGCUUGAAAUGUUUUCACUGUGACAAAACUUUUAGUUACCGUGGUAAUCUAAAAGUACACCUGAGAAUACACACUGGAGAAAACCCUUUUUCCUGUUCAGUCUGCGGUAAAAGAUUUGGACGUAAAAAUGUGUUGAAUUUGCACAUGAAAACACACACUGGAGAAAAGCCUUUUUCAUGUUCAGUAUGUGGUAAAGGUUUUGUACAAAGAGGUGAUCUGAAAGUACACAUGAGAAUACACACUGGAGAAAAACCGUUUUCCUGCUCAGAAUGUAGUACAUGUUUCCAACGAAGUGGUAAUUUGAUAGUACACAUGAGAAAACACACGGGAGAAAAACCUUUUUCAUGUUCAGAAUGUGGUAAGAGUUUUAUAGAAAGUGGUACGUUGAAAACACACAUGAUAAUACACACGAGAGAAAAACCUUUUUCAUGUUCAGAGUGUGGUAAAGGUUUUACAAAAAGUCGUGAGUUGGAAGUACACGUGAGAACACACACCGGAGAAAGACCCUUCAUGUGCUCAUAUUGUAGUAAAAGAUUCACCCAGAAGACAAAUUUGAUAAGACACACAAGAAUACACACUGGAGAAAAACCUUUUAUCUGUUCUGUAUGUGGUAAAGGUUUUACACAAAGGGACUCUUUGAAAGCACACACAAUAAUACACACUAGAGAGAAAGUUUUGAGUUGCAGUGUGUGUGGUGAAAGAUUCUCUUCUAAGUACCAGUGUAAGAAACACAAGUGUGCUGGUGAGAACAGCAGCAGCAAAUGAAGAUACAGGAUUUGAAAUAAACUGUCAACUGUCCUUUAAAUUAAACAAUUUGUUGUGCAUUGUUAAAUGUUAGGCUCUCCUCUCUGAUCUGAUUGCAGCUGGGACUGCUGCGCGAUGCUACUGUCCACCGGACCGCCUGUAAAAAGGGGCUCAUGGCAGCACCCGCUGCUCGUUGACGACAUAAACUGAUGCCUUUUUUUCAUUUCUCCAAAACAUCCCCAAAAAGUGGCUGUUUUUUGCUAGUCACUUUGGGUAGAAAAGGGUUAAAAAGUCUGCAGAUUUAUCAAGAAAGUCAGUAGAGAGAAAACACUGUCGUGGUUGUGGGAUAUAAUCCCUCACUUUGUAAUUCAUACAUCACAUUCACAGCUCAGCAGCCAUUGUUUCAUCAAACACAUCAAAUCAUUUAAUAAAUGUAACUUUUCCCUCUAUUAGU